AUGGCUACGCUCGCGGCGGAUGGUUCUUCACGGUUCUCCCCGGCGGAACGGCCAGCAAUUUUAGCGGCGCUCGAGGAGUUCACGAACGCGCUGGCCAUUUACCACAGUACACUGAGAAAGCCCACGGAGCACGAUAACGAUAUUCUCGUCGACUGCUUGCCCCUCGAUACGGACAAACUCAAUGACUUUGCGCAGUUUGUACAUGAGAAGAAUCAUGGAGAAGCUGAAGGAGGAGAUCCGUGAACACGGGACGUUCGAGGUGCUGACGAAAGAGAUCGAAGAAAUCACGACACGCCAGAGAGAGGAGGAGGCCCUGCUCGAGGAGCAAGAGAGGCUACGAAACACCGCGGCGGAAUUGCAGAAAACAAUCGCUGAGAAGAAGCUGGCCAAUGAACAAGAGAAGAGACGAAUACUGAAUGAGCUCUCGGAAGAACAGCGUAACGUGGAGAAACUGAAAUUAAUCGCUGACACGGAGCUGGAUUAUGUUACGGAAUGGGAAAAAGCGAGAUACGAGCAGGAUUCGUUGCGUUGCGACAUGGAAGUAAAACAAUUGGAGAAGAUAUUGAACAAGUGGCGUAUACGUGAAAAAAAUGAACAGCGUGUCCACGCCGAGCUGACGAAAUUCCUGACUCAGGAAACAGCGUCGUUAGAGAAAAAGACCAAGGAAUGGGAGGAACGAUACGCACGAGAAAAAGAGACGUACGAGAAGGAGAUCCGGCAGCUACGUAUUGAGAUAGAAACACGUCGAAAGGAGUUGGACGAACUUAAAGAAGAGUACCGUUCUAAUCAGGAAUUCAUAGAUACGCACCUGGCUAAGAAGGAAGCACUAGAAAAGGAAAGAGAACGUCAGGAACUUAUGCAAAAAAGCGCAAUCAAGAUUCAAGCUUGGUGGCGAGGUAUUAUGGUACGACGGAAGUUAGGGCCAUAUCGACCUACGGAGAAGAAGAAGAAGAGACAAGCUAAGACAAAGAAAUAA